GUGUAGCUUUGCGUCUUGACGGAAUCGAGGACAUGCACACAGUCAAUGCAAGCAGGUCCCACGGACGACAUGCAGCAUACAUCAGUCCACGAACGAACACAUGGAUGCAGUCAUUGCAUUCAUUCGUUUCAGCCAUCCAGCCCUCCAGCCAGCCAGUCAGCGUCUAUCUACACACCCUUCCCUUAAACACCACACAAAUGUGCAUAUAUACGUAAUUGGUAUACAUGAUAGAUAUCGUGGUAGAGAAACGGCUGUACAGUCAGUCAGUCAGUCAGUCACACAGGCGGGCUCAGAGCAAGAGAAAACACCCGCCCCGCCCGCUCUGUGUGUGUAGGAAUGAGUAGGAGAGACGAACCUGCCCCUCUUCUCUCUGCCUGUUUGUGUGUGAGCAAGCAAGUCGGGAGAAAGAGAGACCCCAUAGACGACCGACCCAGCACGAAACUGCCCCCGGCCCGUGUUCUGCGGGCGGGCAGGAAGCACAUAUAUACCAUAGAGCCCUCGCCCCCUCAGUACCCGCCCGCCCAUCCCUCUACUUAGCGACGCCAUCAGUGCGUCAGAUGGCAAUGCCGAGCACCGUCACGAUGGCGUGCAUCGACUUGUUCUCCCUGGGUGCACCAAUCACACACACACAUCACGGCAUUCUCUUCUCUUUUAUGGCCACUUUGUGAGGGCGGCGUACCAUCUGAAUGUGACGCUUCCGUCGUGGUUGUAGUCCCAGUAGCAUGUGGUGGACAGAUGGAAGCCCGCAUUGCUCCGCUGCAAAAUGGUCGCCGUCACCACGUACUUGAACCCGUCGCUCAGAUCCUGGCACGUGUGACACACACACAAAGAUGAGAUGCAGGGCAUCCAUCGUUGGUCAAUCAGCCAUAGGUACCUGCAUCUUGUCAAGGAUGGCCUGCGAGACGGUGUCCACCCAGUUCUGCACCUCCUUCGGCGAGUAGCUCACAUUGCCCAGAACGCUGUCCAGCGUCUGCUUGACUAUGCGAUUCGUGGGCUCCUUCAACGAAGAGAAACUCGCCGUCAUAUGCGUGACUUCGACAAUCCACAAUGCCCCUUGGUUGAAGCGG